AUGAAGUUUAGUGCUAUCACAACCAUACUCACUGCCCUCACGGCAGUGACUACUGCGAACCCGGUGACAAGGUCGCACAGGCAUGUUGUGCACGAGGAGAGGCACCCCGCGCGGCGGGAAUGGGUCAAGAACCAUCGCUUGCACACUAUGGCCAGGCUACCAGUCCGCAUUGGCCUUUCUCAGUCAAACCUACAUCGCGCCAACGAGUUCAUGAACGAUGUGGCACAUCCCGACUCGCCCAACUACGGCAAACAUUGGACACACGAGGAGAUCAUUGACAUGUUCGCUCCUAAGCAGGAGUCUAUAGCUUUGGUCAUGCAAUGGCUUGAAAGCGAGGGCAUCCACAGAAGUCGCGUUGCUCUCUCCAAAGGCCGAAACUGGGUUCAGUUCAACGGCACAGCUGGCGAAGUCGAGAGGCUUCUCAAAACGGAAUAUCACGUUUACAAGCAUGAACAAGGCCACACCCACAUCGCAUGCGACAAGUACCAUCUUCCAGAGCACCUGGUCGGCCAUGUCGACAUGAUCACCCCGUCAGUGCACUUCGACCAGCGCCUAGGGCAACAGCGAAAGAACACCAAGCACGAACUCUCUGAGGAGCAUGUUGAAGAGCUGAAGAAGCGACAGCUCAAGAAGCGUGAGCUCCUUGAGAAGCGAGAGGUAGCUACUGGCGGCAAGUCGCCGGCUAUCCAGGGUUCUCCAGACGGCGGUUUCGGACCAAAGCAGGGCGCGGUCGUCCAGAAUGCUCUCAUGGACCUUGGUCAGUGCGACUCCAUGAUCACUCCAGAUUGUCUGAGAGCUCUCUACAACACGCCGCCUGGGUCGCUGAAGGCGUCAAACAACACUCUCGGCAUUGUUGAAUACACUCCGCAAGCUUUCCUCCAGUCAGACCUAGACAUGUAUUUCAAAGAGUUUGAGCCUCGACUUUCCGGCAAGCCCCCUAUCGUCACUUUGGUUGGAAACGCCGUCGUGCAGACCCAGAAUCAGAGCUUCAAUUUCAAUGGCGAAUCUGCUCUUGAUUUGGAGUUUGCCAUGGCCAUGAUCUAUCCUCAAACAGCGACACUGUACCAAGUGGGUGACCUUAACCAAGGUGCAAGCUUCAACAACUUUUUGGACGCCAUUGAUGGCAGCUAUUGCAAAUUCCAAGGGGGAGGGUCCAAGGAUCCCAACAUCGACGGCCAGUACGGCGAAAAGGUCUGCGGCUCAGUACCGAUGGUCAACGUCAUUUCCACUAGUUACGGCUUCAACGAAGCAGACCUGGGCCGCAAGUAUGUGGAGCGUCAAUGCGCCGAAUACAUGAAGCUUGGCCUUCAAGGCGUCACGGUGCUGUAUUCUUCUGGAGACUCUGGGGUUGCUGGAAAUGGCCAACAGUGCAUCGAUACACAGACUGGCGCUUACAACGAAGGGAAGGAAGGCAUCUUCAACCCUUCAUUUCCUGGCGGCUGCCCAUGGGUCACGUCUGUUGGUGCUACUCAGAUCUUGGAAGGAUCUACUGUUCACACCCCUGAGAGUGCUUGCCAGAAAGCCAUCUUCUCCGGUGGAGGCUUCUCCAACAUCUUCGCCAUCCCCGACUAUCAGAAGAAGAUGGUCGAUGAGUACUAUAAGAGCAACGCGCCACCGUAUGGCGCAGAUCGGUAUAACAACUCGAAGGCCGUGCGUGGCUUCCCGGAUAUUUCUGCCAACGGCGCAAACUACGUCACGGCCGUCAAUGGCAAGUUUUCGCUAUCGUUCGGCACUUCAGCUUCCGCGCCAGUGGUCGGCUCCAUCAUCAACAUGAUUAAUGAGAAACGCAUCGAGGCCAACAAAAAGCCCGUCGGCUUUAUCAACCCGACGCUUUACGCCCACCCCGAGGUUCUCAACGACGUGACCAAUGGAGAUAACCCAGGGUGCGGCACAAAGGGCUUCUCUGCCGUGCCAGGAUGGGAUCCUGUGACCGGCAUGGGAACACCUAAUUAUAAGGAGAUGGAGAAACUCUUCAUGAGCUUGCCGUGA